AUGUCACCCCUGGUGCUCAAAAUGACCACAGCAGCCUCCUGUAUAUACCCCAAAAAGCCCUACCAAAUUCUCUUCAAUUCCAUCUUCUCCUCCACCUCCACCUCCACCCCCUCCUCCUCGUCUCCCUCUCCACCCCCAAUUGGUAAAAACUUCAUCGAGGCAUUAACGCACACGCGUAAAUACUCCGGGUGCAGGAUAACCCCCUGUGCAACCCUCCCGCCCCCAAUUCUCCCUCUUCCCCCAAACCUAGCCCCCAGAUUCCCUAAAUGCUUCUCCGCCUCCUCCUCCUCCCGCAGCCGCAGCAACGCUAGUGGCGGUUCCUUCGAAGAUCGCGGAGAGUCCUCUGGUGGGUCCGGCUCCGAGUCCGGCCCAGGUGGUGUUGGUGGUCUUAUGGCCGACAUGGGUUCGGAGAAUCAUAAGGGCACCGAUUGGUACGACAGCCAAUUGUACCCGAACCAAGACGAAUUGCUUUCUCCUCUGACACAUCAACAAAAACAACAGCUGCAGCAAUCCCAAUCCUCCUCCAAAUUCCUCACCUUGCCCACCAUUCUAACUCUCGGCCGCGUCGCCGCCGUGCCGGUUCUCAUUAGCACUUUCUACAUCGAUAGUUGGUGGGGAACGACUACCACAACAAGUAUUUUCAUUGCUGCAGCAAUUACUGAUUGGCUCGAUGGGUAUAUUGCUCGGAAGAUGAAAUUAGGAUCUGCUUUUGGUGCAUUUUUGGAUCCGGUGGCCGAUAAGCUCAUGGUUGCAGCCACACUGGUUUUAUUGUGUUCUAGGCCUUUGGACGUUGCCAUGUUUGGGCAAGUUCCAUGGCUGUUUGUCGUUCCUUCUAUUGCCAUAAUUGGUAGAGAGAUAACCAUGUCAGCAGUCAGAGAAUGGGCUGCUUCUCAGAACACUAAACUUUUAGAGGCUGUAGCUGUAAGUAACUUGGGAAAGUGGAAAACAGCCACACAGAUGAUAGCGCUGACUAUCCUCUUGGCAACCCGAGACAACAGUCUUGGAAGACCAGAUGUCAUUGUAGCUUCUGGUGUUUUUUUGCUUUAUGUUUCAGCGGGGCUUGCUGUGUGGUCUUUGAUCGUGUAUAUGAGCAAGAUAUGGAAAGUACUGCUGAGGUAGUGUGCGUGCAACUGCUCUGUGUUCACUCGUAUGCAUACUUCUCGAUCAAGUGACCCUUUCAAAUGCAAAGAGGUAAUUGUCAGUGCUCUGUACAUGAACCCAGAAAUGAUCAAUCUCGCACGGAGCAUGACGCUGAUAAUCGAUGGAGGGGAUAACACAUUAUUGCUAAAAUCCUGCAGUAUUGAGUAAAAUUUGCUUUAAUAUUUUGGGUGGGUAGUCUAAUUUUGGCUAGUUACUGCCCUCGGCAACUUUAUAUUCUCACCGAUGUCAUGUCAGGUUGAUCUAAUUUUGUUGGGAUAAUACCUGGAUAGAGAUGUUGAAACAAAAUUUCCUCAUUACAUAUCGUAUUUAAGGCGGUUCUUCAAUA